CUCGCUCGCUCGUCUGGAUCCAAGUCAGACUGAAGAGGAGCGCUGAGGAAGAGGAGAUGAAAACCUGACAGAGAAGAAGAAGUGACAGAAACUCGAGGAGCAGCAGGAGAAAAGAGGAGCGAAGCAUCAUCUGAAGGACAGCAGCCAUGGGUGCAUCCAUCAGAGGAGCGACAGGAAGUCUGAGCCUUCUGCACUUCCUGUUGGGUGUGGUCCUAAUCCGUCCUAAAGGUGGGGGGGCUCUGGAGCUGUUACCGUCCUCCUCAGAAGUUCUCCUCCAAUCACAGUCCAACUUCACUGUGGUGUGUUCAGGGUGGAGUCAGGUGAAGUGGCGCUUACCACAGAGCUCUGAUGGAGGUCCUGGGGUUGUGGUGGAGGAUGAGGGCUCCAGCAGCACCCUGCGGUUCCUGAACGCCACCUGGAGGAACUCUGGCAGGUAUACCUGUGAGGAGCCGUCAGCUGAUCAGAGCAGGGCUGUGGACGUCUUCAUACCUGGACAAGGUCCAGAACAAUGGUUUGUCUCACAGAGUGCCUCCCAGGUGUACAAACAUACAGAGGAAGGUACCAUUCCCUGUGUGGUGUCCCACCCAAAACUCAACGUCUCUCUGUUCGAGCGACCCAGCAGAAGAGCGGUGGCCGAGGUGAGAUAUGAGCCAGCUCUGGGCUUCACGGGUCGUCUGAACGACGCAGGAUAUGUGUGCACGGCUGUGGACGGACACCAGGAGACGCAGUCCCAGGUGUUCCAUGUCUUCACUCUCCUAGAUUCUACGGACAUGGAUGUGGAGCUCUCUGUGUCCAGCCAGGUUCUCAAGCAGGGGGAGGUUUUGACCGUAAACUGCUCUGUCAGAGAUGUGGACAUGGUAUUCUUCUCCUGGAACUUCCCCCGCAGACAGGAAAUCGAACCCCUGACAGACUUCUUGCCCAAUCAAAUUUGCUCGUUCAUUAACAUCUCCAUGGCGACAGUGUUAGACUCAGGUGUGUAUGAGUGUAAGGCGCAGGACUCGCAGCAAAGAUGGACUGUGAGGAAAAACAUCACAAUAACUGUUCUGGACAAAGGCUAUGUCCACCUGUGGCCCUCAGGUGAGGCCAACAUUUCCUCUCUUGUCCACCACACUGUGGAGCUAAAGGUAGAAGUUGAUGCCCACCCUGCCCCUAACCUCACCUGGUCCAGACUGAACCCAACUAUCACCAUGGGAACCAGGUCGAUCAACACCACUCACCUGGUGAACCACAGGUAUGUGAGCUCCCUCACCCUGCAUCAGGUUCAGCUGGAGCAGACAGGAACUUACAAGGCAACUGCUUUUAAUGAGGACAGCACUAAGGAAGUCAUGUUCUACCUGCAGGUCACAGCCCCCCCGAGGAUUGUCUCUCUGUCAGAAAUUGACAAGAAUACCAUCUUGUGUGUCAGUGAAGGAGUUCCGACCCCAUCUGUUACCUGGUACACCUGUCCAAGUUCAAUCAGGUGUAGUAAUCUGAGUGAUGGCUGGAGGAGCCAGUUUGGGUUCUCAGAACAGAACGUCACCAUGGAGACAAGAGGAGUUACCAUGGUACGAAGUGUGUUGACUCUGGAAACGCUGAGCGCUGUGUCUGCUGUUCGCUGUGAAGUCUCCAACUUAGCUGGAGGACGAGCUCGAGACCUGCGAGUCCUCAGGAACUCCCUCCUUUCCCAGGUUGUAGUUCUGGUGGCAGUUCUGGUUUUGGCCAUUAUAGCCGUUAUCUUCUUCGUCAUCCUCAUUGUUCUCUUGAGAAACAAACCUCCUUAUGAAGCUCGAUGGAAGCUGAUCGAGUCGGUAAGUUCUGAUGGAAAACAAUGUACCUACGUGGAGCCUGAAGACCUGCCCUACUGCUCAGCCUGGGAAAUACCCAGAGACCGUGUGGUACUAGGUCAGGUCCUGGGUUCAGGUCCAUUUGGACGUGUUGUUAAAGCAACAGUUUCUGGUCUGACUGACUGUGACUCAGCAAGCAAAGCUGCAGUGAAGAUGGUGAAAUCCAAAAGGGAUGGAGUUCAAUCUCUGAUGUCCGAGUUAAAGGUUCUGGGUUAUCUUGGUCCUCAUCUCAACAUUGUCAACCUGCUUGGAGCGUGCACCAAGCAAGGUCCAGUUUACCUUAUCACUGAGUUCUGUCCUCAUGGAGACCUGCUGACCUUCCUGCAAAGAAGCAAAGCCACAUUUGGACAAGUGGACACGCCCAGCAGGAGUAACAGUGAUGGAGGCUACAUGGACAUGAACAAAGACGAGAGCGGACGCUGUGUUCCUCUGACGGAGCUCAGAGAUACCACACCUGCCGUAGACCACCAGGUGGCGACAUCGCUCCUCCUCAGUGACGGCCCCCUCCUCACUCUCCAAGAACUGCUCAGCUUCUCCUUCCAGAUCGCUCAGGCCAUGGACUUCCUGUCCUCCAGGAAGGUUGUCAACAGAGACCUUGCAGCCAGGAAUGUGCUUGUCUGUGAUGGAAAACUGCUGAAGAUCGGUGACUUUGGUUUGGCCAGAGACCUACAGAAGGAUCCAGAUUACAUCAUGAGGGGCAACAGCUUCCUGCCGCUGAAGUGGAUGUCUCCAGAGAGCAUCUUCCAGAACAUCUACAGCUCUAAGAGCGACGUCUGGUCCUAUGGAGUCGUACUGUGGGAAAUCUUCUCUCUGGGCUGCAGCCCGUACCCUGAGCUCCUGACAAGCCGACAGUUCUGCUCUGCUCUGAAGAAAGGACUCAGAAUGGAGCGACCAGAACACGCUCCCUCUGACAUGUAUGAUUUGAUGAAACAGUGCUGGGAAGAAGAUCCUCUGUCCAGACCAUCUUUCUCCUCACUGGUCACUGCUGUGGACAACAUGCUGGGCGCUGACUACAGACAGCGUUACCUCCAGUUGACUGAAGACUUCCUCAAAGGAGAACAUGCUGCUGUUGUUCAGUCUGCAGAAAGUUUCUCCAGAGGAGCUGAGGAUGAAACGGACGGGCAGAAGAAAAACACAAAAGGUAGCAAAGGUAGUUUCUUCACAGGUCUGGUUUCUUCUAGCAAACUAAAGUCACAUCUCUUUCACCUCACAGGAAGUCCUUCCUCUGAGGUAAAGGUUCUCCUGUUAGAGUCAGGGCCUUCCCACAGCAGCUACACCAUCCCUGUCCCUGACGUCCCCGUGGACAGCAGCGCUGCGCUGGACGCAGUCAGCCCCGUACUCUCAGAUGUGGCCGCCAUCUUGGAGUCAAUAGAAGCUGCAGAGCUUCCUGCUUUAUCCUGCAGCCACGAUGAAGAGGAGAGCUGCUUGUAAAGGUCUUCGUCUGGCUCUGCUGCAGCUGGAAUGACCAGAGACUGUUUCUGUGUGUAAGGCUGCAGGACCUGCCGUAUAUGUUUGUAUAUAUAUAUAUAUAUAUAUAUAUGUUUAUACUCUGUAGGCAUGUCUGUUCAUCAGACCCUGCUUCAGAUUUAUCAUGGGUAAUAGCCUCCAUUUAGCUCUGCUUCAGUUUGUACCUUUUCUGACUCGCAUCAGAACCGAACGCUUAAAUAAAAUCUAUCCAACAGCUU